AUGAAAGGAGAAGCAGGUGAAGAUGAAGACACCAUUGGCAUUUACGUGGGCGGUCGGAAUGCUGAAGGGGAUCGCCACGGUGAGGGCUGGGCGUUGCUGCCCAACGGAGAUUUUUACCAAGGGUGUUACUGCCGUGGAAUGAGAAACGGAAAAGGGCUGUACGUGUUUAAAAACGGCGCGCGGUAUGAUGGUGAAUGGCGUCGCGCUAUGAAAUACGGCGUCGGUCACAUGACGUACCCGGACGGUUCCAGCUACGAGGGCGAUUGGCGCUACGACCUGAAGCAGGGUUUCGGCGCGUACUACUACCCGAACGGGGACAUUUACGAGGGGGCCUGGUUCAAGGGCAAACGGCACGGCCUGGGCACGUAUUUCCACGCGGAGCACCAGGUGAAGUUCAUGGGCACGUGGGUCGAGGGCGUCAUGGAGGGCCCCGGCCAGAUCAUGUACCCGCGUGUCCGCUUCCACGGCUCCUGGUGCAGGGGGCUGCCACGUGGGCCGGGCUGCUUCGUGUUCGACACGAACUGCAUGCAGCACGGCUUCUACGAGCUGAUCAAGGACCCGAAGCACGAGGAGUACGGCGAGGGCGAGGAGGAGAAGGAUAAGGAGCAAAACGACGAGAAGCUAGGCGAAGGCGAGCAGGAAGACGAGAUCGACGAUACGUUGGGUAAGAUUGCGGUGUGGCGCGCCCGCAACGUGACCGCCUACAUCCCCGAGUUCCUUCCUCCGGAACCUGUACCCCUGCCCAUCCACGACUCGGUGCCGUCCCUCAGCCGGGAGAGCGUCACCACCGACCUGCUGCAGUUCGAGCCCCCCUCAGCCGCGUCGGAGCACGAGGGGCGCGACGACAACGACUCCUGGCUCCUGCACCGGGAGAAGUUCCUCGAGGAAGCAGAGCAGAAAGAG